UGGCGAACGCGAAGCCUAUUACAUCACCCGGAAGUCCCUGCAUCCUACGAAGGCUGGGCCCGGCCAAAGGAGGCCCAAUAGAGGGCGGUCUGUCCUUUCCCAGCAGGCUGGGCACACUGUCAGGCGUCCUCCUUUGGGUGGCAAUUUUAACUGCUCAUUUAUCCUUUUCUUCUAUGAAAAGAUCCAGAAAAGAGGCAAAGCAAGCGAGAAGUCGCGGGCCCAGCCCACAGCAGGGUAAGCACCUUUGUUCGGGGUCUGAAUCGGGGCGAAUAUCCCCGCCUCCUGACCUCGAUUUUCCUGAGCUAGAAGGGACCUUUCGACCCUCCGACUUGUGCCUGUACUGAAGCGGCAGCCCUAAGACGACGCGGGGGUUCUGGUGCGCACUUACGUGCAGUUGGAUGCGCUGGGUGAGUUCCCACACCCGGUAGAUGUAAGGGAAAAACUGCACUACCCAGAAGGCACUACCCCUUGCGUCGGCCGCGGACUCUGGGCCAUUGACGGCCCAGGACAGGAGCGUUUUCUGCGGGCCAGGGCGGCGGAGGCGGGACUUCCGCUUCUUCAUGUGACGUCAUCUCCGUGGGCCGGUUUGGCCCUGAAACAGUGUGGGGCCUAGAGCGCUGGGUGGGCGCGUUCUGCGGCCUGAGCAGGGACGGGUAGUGAAGCGGUUACGCCCCUUCUCCGCGUCUUGGCGGGAGCCUGACGCCCCGCUUCUCCCCUAACGAGGUGUCCCACCGGCGCCCGCCGAGGCCUAGGCCUCCGCAGCCGCCCUCCGUCUCCUCAGCCCCGACGCUGCGCCUUGGGCCUUGUGCGCAUUUUUUUUCGGGGGAAAACUGAGGCUCGGAGUGCGAAAGUCAGCCGAGGUCGCCCCGCCCAGGACAGAGAAGGGCUGUGGUCGGCUGAUCCGCGGCAUUCCCGGGAUGGCGGCGGCGUGGAUGGCUCCGGCGCAGGAGUCUGUGACCUUCGAGGAUGUGGCUGUGACAUUUACCCAGGAGGAGUGGGGGCAGUUGGACGUGACCCAGAGAGCCUUGUACGUGGAGGUGAUGCUGGAGACCUGUGGGCUUCUGGUCGCACUGGGUGACAGCACAAAACCUGAGACCGUAGAGCCUAUCCCUUCUCACCUGGCCUUGCCUGAGGAAGUCUCACUCCAGGAACAGCUGGCACAGGGAGUCCCAGGAUACUCCUAUUGGGGGCAGGCCAUGGAUCAAGAUGGGCCAUCUGAAAUGCAGGAAUACUUUUUGAGACCAGACGCAGACCCACAGAGUGAGAAACUCCAUGGGGAAAUGAGCCUUGACCAUGAAGGUUUGGCAACAGCUGAUGGUAUAUGUUCAAUGAUGAUACAGAACCAAGUCUCACCAGAAGAUGCUCUCUAUGGAUUUGACUCAUAUGGACCAGUUACAGAUUCCUUGAUUCAUGAAGGGGAAAAUUCCUAUAAAUUCGAGGAAAUGUUUAAUGAGAAUUGCUUCCUUGUUCAGCAUGAGCAGAUUCACCCUCGUGUGAAGCCCUAUGAUUGCCCAGAAUGUGGGAAAGCCUUCGGCAAGAGCAAACACCUCCUUCAGCAUCACAUCAUCCAUACUGGGGAGAAGCCCUAUAAAUGCCUGGAGUGUGGGAAAGACUUCAACCGCAGGUCGCACCUCACACGGCACCAGCGGACUCAUAAUGGAGAUAAGCCCUUUGUGUGCAGUGAAUGUGGAAGGACCUUCAAUCGUGGGUCGCACCUUACACGGCACCAGCGGGUUCACAGUGGAGAGAAGCCUUUUGUGUGCAAUGAAUGUGGAAAGGCCUUUACCUACCGCUCCAAUUUUGUCUUGCAUAACAAGAGCCACAAUGAGAAAAAACCCUUCGCAUGCAGCGAAUGUGGAAAAGGCUUUUAUGAGAGUACAGCCCUCAUUCAACACUUCAUUAUCCAUACUGGGGAGAGGCCCUUUAAGUGCCUUGAGUGUGGGAAGGCCUUCAACUGCAGGUCACACCUCAAGCAGCAUGAGCGGAUUCACACUGGUGAGAAGCCCUUUGUGUGCAGUCAGUGUGGAAAGGCCUUCACUCACUAUUCCACCUAUGUCCUGCAUGAAAGAGCCCACACUGGAGAAAAGCCUUUUGAGUGCAAAGAAUGUGGGAAAGCCUUUAGCAUUCGAAAAGACCUCAUUCGACACUUCAACAUCCACACUGGAGAGAAGCCCUAUGAGUGUUUACAGUGUGGAAAGGCUUUUACCCGCAUGUCAGGGCUCACAAGGCACCAGUGGAUUCAUACUGGAGAGAAGCCCUAUGUAUGCAUCCAAUGUGGGAAAGCCUUUUGUCGGACCACAAACCUCAUUCGACACUUUAGCAUCCACACUGGAGAGAAGCCCUAUGAAUGUGUGGAGUGCGGGAAGGCCUUCAACCGCAGGUCACCCCUCACAAGGCACCAGCGGAUUCACACUGCAGAGAAGUCCCGCGAACCCAUCCAGAGUGGGAACGUUUCUUGCGAGAGCACAGAUCUCAUUCAACACUCCAUCAUCCACACUGAGAGUAGCCCAGUGAGUGCAGUGAAUAUGGAAACGCCUUCAACAGCCGCUCAUUCCUCCUCACUCGACAUCAACGGAUUCAUAGUGGGAGAAACCCUACCAUUGUAACAGAUGUGGGAAGACUUUUUACAUACGCUUCAGUCAACAUCCAAGAAUUCCUAUUAGGGAAAUAGUUUUUUAAUAUAACCACUGAAGAAAAUCUGUGGUGAGAGGAAACAUCUUACCAUCUGGUCAUUCAUACUGAAGAGAAACUCCAUAAGCAUCAUCUCUGUGGGAAAACCUGUUUUAGAUCAUCAUUUGUCAUCUAAACAAUUAUGUUAGAAAUUGACACAGCCAAGAGUCUUAUUCUGCAUCUGAAAAUUCACCCCUGAGAGAGACCCAGUGGUUACUGUGCACUUAGGAAAACCUUCAGCCACAUCUUUCUUGUUAGUUUACGGUGAAAUGUUAUCUCAGGGACAUUCAAACAAAGGAGGAGGAGUCAUAGGGAAGAGAAAGAAAUGGAAGCACAGCUUCUUUCAGACUUCCCUGGCAAGCCCAUGGCAAUUUGUCAUCCCCUCCUUAUUUUAUUUGGGAGAGGGAAAUGUUUCAGAAACAAAAGGGCCUCAUCCCCUUUAUUUUCCCUGUGUAUACAUUCACUGCUGUCCAGUGCUGUAGACAAACGGUUUGUUUGAAAACAUUUUGUGAAAGCCUGCUUUGUUCCACAGCAUUGUCUCCACUCUUGAGGAGCAGAAGCAUAUAUCUUUAUGAGAAAGAUGGAGGCUUGAGUUAUGAAAUACUUUUACAUUUAAGGAGAUAAAGGAUGUACAUAUGAAUGGGCACAUUUUACUGCACACUUCAGACGCUUUGAUUUUUUUAAAAAAUUGUUUCUCCAUGUGUCUUUAACCACCCAGUACCAUACUUUUUUCUUGAUCUGGAUCUACUUGUUAAUUUCUUCUUCUUUAUUUUUCUGUGGGAUGGAGAUGAUAUUGUAGCUGUUUGUACAUAGUGUAAUCCAGGGAGUCCUAAUUCUUCCCUCUGAUUGUGGUUUCUCAGCUUCUUCUACUCCUCUUUAGAGAGAGUAAAUAGUUCAAAAUUCACCUCAACAAUUUUCUAGAGGUCAAUUUGGAACCAAAAAUGAAAUAAGACAUGUAGCUAAAGUAAGUUAAAAGAUUAUGAUAAACUCAGAAAAUAAACACAGAGAAGGAAUCUCAUUUUUCAGUCUUACAGAAUAUUGUGUGAAGGCUGACUAUAAAGUGACUGGAAUUUUAACAGGUGAACCUGCAUAUGUAUAUGCAGGUAGUUGUCACCAUGGAUUGAGUCCAGUCAUAAUAAUAUGUUUAAUCAGAAUAUUUUGGAAUUUUUGGUAUUCUUUUUGUUUCUUUUAUUGUUUUUAAUUGACACAUAAUGUUUAUGGGGUUUGGUGUGAUAUUUCAAUACAUGUGUGCUAAGAGUAAUGAUCAAAUCUGGGUAAUUAGCAUAUCCAUCUUAAUCAUUUAUCAUUUUUUUGUGUUUAGAAACAUUCACAGUCUGCUUUUCUAGCUAUUUGAAAAUAUAAAAUGUAUUGUUGCCAAUUGUACUCAUUCUACAGUGCCACAGAACACUACAAGUUAUUCAAAUGGAAUCUUACAUGCUGUAAUUUUGUAUUUGUUAACCAAUCUCUAUCUGCCUCUCUGCUGUCCUUCCCAGCCUCUGUUUACCACCAUUCUACUCAACCUUUUAUGCUUGCAUAUAAGUAGAAACAUGGAGUAUUUCUCUUUCUGUGCCUAGCUUACUUCACUUAAUGUCUUUCAAGCUCAUUCAUGUUGCUGUGAAUGACAGGUUUAUUUUUCAUGGCUAAGUAGUAUUCCAUUGUAUAUAUAUGCCAUGCUUUCUUUCUUCAUUCAUCUGAUAAUGGACACUUAGAUUGAUUUCUUAGCUAUUAUGAAUAGUGCUUCAAUAAACAUAGGAGUGUAGAUCUCUCUUUGACAUACAGAUAUAUUUGUUUUUGGAUAUAUGACCAGUAGUGGUAUAGAUCAUUACCAGUGAUCAUAUGGUAGUUGUAUUUUUAACUUUUGUUUAUUUUUCAUUUUUUAAAAUGGGGUCUUGCUGUGUUAUUCAGGCUGGUCUCAGACUCCUGGGCUCAAGCAGUCCUGCACCUCAGCCUCCUGAGUAGCUGGGACUACAGGCACACACCACCGUGCCUGGCUAUAGUUUUAGAUUUUUGAGGAACAUCCAUACUGUUUUCCAUAUGGCUAUACUAAUUAGCAUUCCUGCCAGCCAUAUAUAAGAGUUCCCCCUUUUCCAUGUUCUCAGCAGCAUUUUUUAUUUUUUAUCUUUGGUAAUAGCCAUCCUUACCAAUGAGGUAAAAUUAUAUCUCAUUGUAGUUUUAAUUUGCGUUUCCCUGAUUAGAGAUGUUGAGCAUUUUUUCAUAUACUUGGGCCAUUUGUAUGUCUCCUUUUGAGGGAUGUGUAUUCACCUUAUUUACCCAUUUUAAAAUCAGAUUUUUUAUUUUUAUUUUUUUUGCUAUUGAGUUCCUUUUGAAUUCUGGAUAUUAAUCCCUUUCAGAUGAAUAGUUUGCAAAUAUUUUAUCCUACUCUACUAGUUGUCUCUUCAUUCUGUUGUUUCUUUUGCUGUGCAGAAGUUUUUUAGUUUAAUAUAAUCCCUUUGUUGAUUUGUGCUUUUGUUACCUUGAUUUUUAGGUAUUCAUAAAAUCCUUGCCCAGACCAAUAUCCUGAAGCAUUUCCCCUAUGUUUUCUUCUGUAGUUUCAUAGUUUUUGCUCUUACAUUUAAGCUUUUAAACCAUUUUGAGUUGAUUAUCCUGAGAGCAUAGAUUCAAAUUGCCCUAAAAAUACAUUCCCAAUUUUUGUUUUUGCUUUUUAAUUAUUUUUUAGUCAUAGUCUCACCACAUUGCCCAGCUUGGUCCUGAACUCCUGGACUCAAGUGAGCCACAACUCGGCCUUCUGAGUAGCUAAGAUUACAGGUAUGAGCCAGCAUACUUGGUGUUUUGAGUUUAUUUUUGUGUAUGGUGAGAGAUGAGUCUACUUUCAUUCUUCUGCAUAUGAAUAUCCAGUGUCCCAGCACCAUUUAUUGAAGAGACUAUCCUUUUCCCAGUGAAUGUUCUUUGUGCCUUUGUUAGAAAUCAGUUGGCUGUAAAUGGGAUUUAUUCCUGGGCUCUCUGUUUUGUUCCAUUGGUUUGUGUGGUUUUUAAAAAAUACCUGUACCAUGCAGUUUUGGUUACCAUCAAUCACUUUGUAGUAUAUUUCAAGGUCAGGUAGUGUGAUAACUCCCAUUUUGUUCUUUUUGCUUAGGAUUGCUUUGGAUAUUCAGUAUCUUUUGUGAUAUCAUGAAUUUUAGGAUUACUAUUUCUAUUUCUGUGAAAAAUGUCAUUGGUAUUUUGUUAGAGUGCAUUGGAUCUGUAGAUCACUUGAGGUAGUAUGUUCAUUUUUUUCAUAAGCUAUCUCUUACAGGAAAGUAUGUUCAUUUUUAUAUUAACCAUUCUAAUCCAUGACCAUGGGAUGUUUUUCCAUUUUUAUGUGUGUCCUCUUUGAUUUACUUCAUCAGUGUUAUAUAGUUUUCCAUGUAUUCUUAUUUUAUUUUUGUUGAAGUAUUGUAAAUGGGAUGGCUUUCUUGAUUUCUUUUUCAGCUAAUUCAUUGUUGGUGUAUAGAAAUGCUGCUGAUUUUUGCAUGUUGAUUUUAUAUCCUGCAACUUCAGUGAAUUUAUCAGUCCUAAGAGUUUUUUGGUGCCACUUUUGGAGUUUAGGGUUUUCUAUAUAUUUGAUCCUGUCAUGUGCAUACAGGGAUAAUUUGACUUCAUCCUUUCUGAUUUGCAUGCCCUUUAUUUCUUUGUCUUGCCUGAUUACUCUGUCUCAGACUUUUUGUACUUUGUUAAAUAAAAGGUGUGAAAGUGGGCAUACUUGUUUUGUUUCAGAUUAUAGAGAGAAAGCUUUCAGCACUUUCCCAUCAUGCAUGAUGUUAGCUGUGGGUAUGUUAUUUAUUACCUUUAUUAUGUUGAGGUACGUUCUUUCUGUUAUUAUUAUAAUUUUUUUUUAACUUUUUUUUGAGAUGGAGUCUCACUCUGUCGCCCAGCUGGAGUGCAGUGGCGUGAUCUCAGCUCACUGCAAGCUCCGCCUUCUGGGUUCACGCCAUUCUCCUGCCUCAGCCUCCAGAGUAGCUGGGACUACAGGUGCCCGCCACCACGCCCGGCUAAUUUUUUGUAUUUUUAGUAGAGAUGGGUUUUCACCGUGUUAGCCAGGACGGUCUUGAUCUCCUGAACUUGUGAUCCGCCCGCCUCAGCCUCUCAAAGUGCUGGGAUUACAGGUGUGAGCCACCACGGCCAGCCCAUUCUUUCUAUUAUUAUGUGUAAUUUGUUAAGAGUUUUCAUCAUGAAGGGAUAUUGAAUGUUACCAGAGGCUUUUUCUCCACCUAUGAAGAUGAUCACAUUUUUUGUUCUUCAUUCUGUUGAUUUAUCAUGUUUAUUGUUUUGUGUAUAUUGAACCGUUCCUGCAUCCCUGGAAUGAAUGCCACUUGGUCAUGGUAAACAAUCUUUUUGAUGUACUUUUGGAUUUGGUUGGCUAGUAUUUUGUUGAGGAGUUUUGCAUUUAUGUUCAUCAGGAAUAUUGGCCCGUAGUUUACUUUUGCAUGUGUGUCCUUGUCUGGUGCUUGUGUCAUGGUAAUGCUGGCUUGUGGAAUGAGUUUAGAAUAAUUCCCUCCUCUUCAUUAUUCUGGGAAAGUUUGAGAAGAAUUCAUAUUUAAUUCUCCUAAAAUGUUUGGUAGAAUUCAGCAGUGAAGCCAUGAGAUCAUGGACUUUCCUUUGAUGGGUGACUUUUUAUUACUGAUUAAAUCUUGUUACUCAGAAUUGGUCAGUUGAAGUUUUCUGUUUCUUCUAGGUUCAAUCCUGAUGGGUUGUAUGUGUCUAGGAAUUUAUUUUCUGUAGGUUUUCCAACUCUUUGGUUUGUAGUUGUUCAUAAUAGUCUCUGAUGACUCUGUAUUUUUGUGGUAUCAGUUGCAGUGUCAUUUUUGUAUGUGUUUGAUUUUAUUUGAGUCUUUUCUCUUGGUUAGUCUAAUGGUUUCUUUUCAAACAAUGAACUUUUCAUUUUGUUGAUCCUUUGAAUUUUUUUUUAAGUCUCAGUUUUAUUUAGUACUGUUCUGAUCUUUGUUAAUUCUUUCCUUGUAAUUUUGGGUCUGAUUUGUUCUUUUCUAGUUCCUUGAGAAGCAUUGUUAGAUUUUUAUUUUUCUUUCUUUUUUUUUUUUUUUUUUUUUUUUUUUUAAGAGACGGAGUCUUACUGUGUUAUCUAGGCUGGAGUGUAAUGGUACAAUCAACUCCUGGGCUCAAGUGAUCCUCACACCUCAGUUUUGAAUUCUUGGGCUCAAGCAGUUCUCCCACCUCUGCCUCCAGAAUAGCUAGGACUACUGGUACGCAGUAUCAUGACCAGCUAAUCUUUUUUUUUUUUUUUUUUUUUUUUUUUUUAGAGAUAGGGUCUUGCUAUAUGACCCAGGCUGGUCUUGACCCAGCAUCAAGUCAUCCUCCUGCCUUGGCUUCCCAAAGCACUGAGAUUACAGGUGUGAGCCACCAUGCCCAGCCAGAUCUUUCUUGUUUUUGAUGUAGGUGUUUGUUGCUAAAUACUUUCCUCUUAAAACUGCUCUUGAGGCCGGGCGCGGUGGCUCACGCUUGUAAUCCCAGCACUUUGGGAGGCCGAGGCAGGCGGAUCACGAGGUCAGGUGAUCGAGACCACGGUGAAACCCCGUCUCUACUAAAAAUACAAAAAAAAUUAGCCGAGCGCGGUGGCGGGCGCCUGUAGUCCCAGCUACUCGGAGAGGCUGAGGCAGGAGAAUGGCGUGAACCCAGGAGGCGGAGCUUGCAGUGAGCCGAGAUUGCGCCACUGCACUCCAGCCUGGGCGACAGAGCGAGACUCCGUCUCAAAAAAAAAAAAAAAAAAAAAAAACUGCUCUUGCUACAUCCCAUACAUUUUUAUAUGUUGUGUUUCUGUUUUCACUCAUUUUAAGACAUUAAAAAUUUUUUUCUUAUUUUCUUCACUACCCAUUGUUCAUUCAGAAUCCUGUUAUUUAAUUUCCGUUUAUUUGUGCUGUUUUAAAAGUUCCUUUUGUUAUUGAUUUCUAGGUUUAUUUCAUUGUGGUCAGAAAGGUACUUGAUGUGAUUUUAAUUUUUGUGAUUUGUUUUGUGGUUUAACAUGUGGCCUCUCCUUGAAAAUAUUGCAUGUGCUUAUGAAAAAAAUAUGUAUUCUGUAGCUGUUGGAUGAAAAGAUCUGUCAGUGUCUUUUAAGUCCAUUUGGACUAAAGUCAGUUUAAACUUGGUGUUUCUUUGUUGAUUUUCUAUGUAUAUGAUCUGUCCAUUGCUGAAAGUAGGGUGUUGAAGUCCACAAGUAUUAUUGUAUUAUUGUAUUGUCUUCCCCUUUAGAUCUAAUAAUAUUUGCCUUACAUAUCUGGGUGCUCUGAUAUUGGGUGCAUAUAUAUUUACAAUUUUUGUAUCCUCUUCCUGAUUUCAUCCCUACUGUGUUUGAUACAAAGUCUCUUAUCGUAAGUAUAGCUACUCCUUAUAUAGUCAUGAUUGUGGUAAAAAAAAAAAAAAAAAAAGAAAAAAAUGUAUAGCUACUCCUGCUUGCUUUUGGUUUCCAUUUGCAUGGAAUAUAUUCUAUUCCCUCGCUUUCAGUCUGUCUUUUUUUUUUUUUUUUUUUUUUCAGACAUAGUCUCGCUCUGUCACCCAAGCUGGAGUGCAGUGGUGCUAUCUUGGUUCACUGCAACCUCUGCCUCCUGGGUUUGAAGCAUUUCUCCUGCCUCAGCCUCCCGAGUAGCUGGGACUACAGGUGUGCGCCACCACACCCGGCUAAUUUUUGUAUUUUUAGUAGAGAUGGGGUUUCACUAUGUUGGCCAGGCUGGUCUCGAACUGAGCUCAGGUGAUCCACCCGCCUCAGCCUCCCAAAGUGCUGGGAUUACAGGUGUGAGCCACUGUGCCUGGCCAUAUUUGUGUCUUGAGAGGUGAAGUGAGUUUCUUGUAGGUAGCAUAUAGUUGGGUCAUUUAAAAAACCCAUUUAGUAUAUAUCUUUUAAGGUAGGAAUUUAAUCUGUUUACCUCAAGGUUAUUAUUUUUAAGUGAAGACUCCUUUCAUUUUGUGGUUUUCAGAAUGUUUUGUAUAUCCUUUGUUCUUCAUCUCUUAUUUUUUAUCAUUGUAUUUUGGUGGUUUUCUGUAGUGAUAAGAUUUGAUUUUUUUUCUCUUUUUUCUUUGCCUAUCUGCUCUACCAGUGAGUCUUAUACUUUUAUGUGGUUACAUAAUGGUGAUUAUUGUCUUCUUAUUUCCAGAUACAGCAUUCCCUUGAUCAUUUCUUGAAAGGCUGGUGUAGUGGUGAUAAAUUCCCUUAAUUUUUGCUUGCCUGAGACACACUUUAUUUCUACCUAAUUUCUCUCUUUCUUUUUUUUUUUUUUUAAAUAGAGUCUUGCUCUAUUGCCCAUGCUGGAGUGCAAUGGCAUGAUCUUGACUCACUGCAACCUCCACCUCCCAGGUUCAAGCAAUUCUCCUGUCUCAGCCUCUGGAGCAGCUGGGAUUACAGGCACAUGCCACCAUACCUGGUUAAUUUUUGUAUUUUUGUAGAGAUGGGGUUUCACCAUGUUGGCCAGGCUGGUCUUGAACUCCUGACCUCAAGUAAUUCACCUGCCUCAGCAUCCUAAAAUACUGGGAUUAUAGGCAUGAGCCACUCUGCCUGGCUAUUUCUACCUAAUUUCUGAUGGAUUGUUUUGCUGUGUGUAGUAUUUUUCACUGAUAUUUUUUCUUUUCUUUCAGAAUUUUGGAUAUAUCAUCCCAUUUUUUCCUGGCCUGUGAGGUUUCUGCUGUUAGUCUAAUGAAGAUUCCCUUAUAUAUGACUUGAUGCUUUUCUAGUGGUACUUUUAGAUUUUUCUCUUUGUCUUUGACUUUUGUCGGUUCAAAUAUAAUGUGCCUUGGAGGUGACCUUUUUGGGGAUCUUUGAGCUUCCUGGAUCUGAAUGUCCAUAGCUCUUCCAAGACUUGGGAGGUUUUUAGCUAUUAUUUCAUUGUCUUUUUCAUUUUUUUUAUGUUUUAUUUUUAAUCUUGCUAUGAUCUCCUUAGCAGCUGUAAUUUCAUUAAAUAUGUUUUUUAUUUUUAUUUUUAUUUUUUUUGAGACAGAGUCUCGCACUGUUGCCCGGGCUGGAGUGCAAUGAUGCAAUCUUGGCUUACUGCACCCUCCACCUCCUGGGUUCAUGUGAUUCUCCUGCCUCAGCCUCCCAAAUAGCUGGGAUUACAGGUGCACACCACCAUACCCAGCUAAUUUUUUGUAUUUUUAGUAGAGAGGGGUUUCGCCAUGUUGGCCAGAAUGGUUUUGAACUCCUCACCUCAUGAUCCACCCGCCUUGGCCUCCCAAAGUGCUGGGAUUACAGGCGUGAGCUACCACGCCUGGCCUGUUUUAUUUAAAAAUUUUAUUAAAUAUAUAUUUUUUUCUUUUUUCUUUGAGAUGGAAUUUUCACUCUACUUGCCCAGGAUGGAGUGCAACGGUGCGAUCUUGGCUCACUGCAACUUCUGCCUCUCGGGUUCAGGUGAUUCUCCUGCCUCAGCCUCCCAAGUGGCUGGGAUUACAGGCACCCACCACCAUGCCCGGCUAAUUUUUUGUAUUUUUGGUAGAGACGGGGUGUCGCCAUGUUGCCCAGGCUGGUCUCAAAUUCCUGACCUCAGGUGAUCCACCUGCCCCAGCCUCCCAAAGUGCUAGGAUUACAGGUGUGAGCCACCGCACCCGGCCUAUUAAAUAUAUUUUCUAUGCCUUUUGUCAUCUCUUUGCCUUCUGGAACUCUGAUAAUAUGAAAUUUUUUUCCCUUGAUGUUAUCUAAUAAGUCUUGUAGGCUUUCUUUACUCCUUGUCAUUCUUAUUUAUUCUUCUCUGACUGGGUAAUUCCAAACAAACUCUCUUCUUUCGCUUGAGUAAGUCUGCUAUUGAUGCUUUCUAUUGUACCUUAUAUUUUAUACAUUAAAUUCUUCAGCUGCAGGAUUCCUGUUUGGUGAUUUUAAAAUACUUCUUAAAUUUCUCAUUCAUGUUAUGAAUUGUUUUUCUGAUUUUAUUGAAUUAUCUUUCUGUAUUAUCUUGUAUCCUAUUGAGGGUUUUUUGUUUGUUUUUGAGACAGAGUGUCACUCUGUCACCUAGGCUGGAGUGCAGUGGCAUGAUCUUGGCUCACAACAAUCUUCGCCUUCCAGGUUCAAGUGAUUCUCCUGCCUCAGCCUCCCAAGUAGCUGGGACUACAGGUGUGCACCACCACACCCAGUUAAUUUUUGUAUUUUUAGUAGAGACAGGGUUUCACCAUGUUGGCCAGGCCGGUCUUGAACUCCUGACCUCAAGUGACUCGCCCACCUUGGUCUCCUAAAGUGCUGGGAUUACAAGUGUGAGCCACUGCACCCGGCCUUACUGAGUUUUUAAAAGAUCAUUAUUUUGAAUUACUUUUUUAGUAAUUGGCAGAUUUCCUUCUAGUUUGUUACUGGAGAGUUAUUGUGUUCCUUUCGUGGUGACACAUUUCCUUGCUUUUUCAUGUUUCUUUUGUCCCUGCAUUGAUGUCUGUGCAUCUGGUGGAACAAUGGCGUCUUCCCAUUUUUCUGCAGUCACUUUCAUAGAGGCUUUCACCUGCACUUGGUCCUUAGUGUGCUAGUUGAGAAGGGUGUAGUAACUCUGUUUCCAGAUAAGUGAAAUGGUAUAGUCUUUGUUCAGCUUUAUCAACAGUAUUUAAUGUUGGCAGUAACUUUGUUUUCCUCAGUGGCCUAGGUUGUAAAAGUUUGUAGCAGUGGUGGCAUAGGUUGUUAAUGGCAAGGGCUUUUUUGGAGUCCUCCUAUUUUCAUUUGCCCCACAAUGAAGUUACUUAGCCAUGAAGAUACUUCUUGCUGUCAAGUAUGAUAUGGCCUAUAGGCAGGUACAGUGGCUCUGGGUUCCAGAUGCAGGUGCUCAGGGCAGCUGUGGGUCUGGGGUUCUAGGCUCAGCAUCUGAUGAACCUAUUGUGGCACCUGGGUUUUGAGCUAUAGAUUUGCUCCAUGUGGUAGAAUUGGAGGUAGGUUUACCACAGAGCCAAGAUCUGUGACUGAUGUACCCCCUAGCAGCUUGGGCCCAAAGGGCCAGGUUGUAGCUUUAAUUUUGUUUCUGGGCGGCCGGGCACAGCACAGGCCCCAACUCUAGGGAAGAAGUGGUGCUUUGGAGUAUUGGGCCAAGGAAACAGAAUACAGCUCAGUUUGGUAACCUGAACCAUUCAGGCUCAUUGGCAACUCGGGUUUCUGGCAUAGCACAGUUUUUGCUUGGUCCUUGGGCAAUAGGGAGCAGCCCAGUGAUGACUCAGCUCCCCAGGGAGAGAGCUGUCUCAGCAGCUCAUACUUCAGGGUGUUAGUCCAGCCCCCUGGCAGCUGGUUAUCCAGCUAGCUCCCUAAAGUGAGUACUAGAGUUGUUUGGCCUGUAGUGUGGGGUGUCUCAUCUCAUGCCCUGCUUUGUUUCCCUGGAAUGUGAAGUCCCAUGCCAGCUCAGCCCAGUAUUGCAUAGCUACUCAGUUCAGGCAAGGCACUGCAUCCCCAGGGGGUAAUGUGCCUCGGCAGCUCAGGUCUGGGGUGUGUGACCUUAGGUUGGCCCAGGCACCAUUUUCCUGGGAUGCAGGAAGCUGCUUCAGAUGAGGUACUGGACUGUGUGUCUGCUUGGGAUGGCCAAGACACUGUUACCUGGUAGGCAGGGUGCUGCUUAAACUUAGUCACUGGGGAGGCAUGACUGCUCUCGAUGGCCAAAGUACUGUUUUCCCAGGAGAAAAGGUACUGCUUCAGCUCAGGUACAGAGGGGUGUGACUGCUCUGGAUGGUUAAUGCACUGUUUUCCCAGGAUGCCUGGCAUUGCUUCAGCUCUGGCCUAGAGGGGCAGGAUGCAGCAGCAACUGGGAGGGGUAGGGGGAGGAGCUUCGCCAAGGCAUCCUUUCCUCAGGAGGCAGUGUGCAGCUUCAGCUCAGGUCCCUGGAAGCAGGGCAGUUUUGGGAGAAGUAGACUGAGAGAGGUAGAUGGUGAGAGGUGGAUGUUGCAGAUCUGCCAAAGCAUUGUUUUCCCAGGAGGGAGUGCACAGCUUCAGCUCUAGUCUAAGGUGACAGGACACAGCCUAGCAUAGAGACUUGAGGGGUAGGUGGUGCAGCUCUCCCACUGCAUGGCCCUACAUGGGAAGGUGGAAAAGCUGCUGGUAGAUCUUGGGCCACCAGGUGGGGGGUGGUUGGUGAUGGCUUUUCCUCAGGGAUGAAGGGGUGCCAUGGAACCAGACAGAACUCCAGCAGUUCCAAGAUAACAGCACAGUAGCUGUAUGGGCCACAGUGGGCAGGACAGUGUCAGCUCCUUCCUCAGGAGCACAGCUGUGUGGACUCCAGGCGGGUCCCUCAGCUAAGCUUAGUGCCUGUGAGGGCUGUAGGGGACCCCAGUGGUGAGGACUGUAGGUGUCCAAGGUGGUGAUGGACACUGCUAGUAUGCUGUUGCUCACUUUUUCCACAUACGGAGAAAUUCCUUCUGGUUUUCAGCUGAUCUUGGCUGGGGGAUGGGGUUGUGGAGGCCAGGUGUUCCAUUCUGUACUUGGCUAUCCUGAGUUUCUAUGCUCACCAGAGUUUUUGUUAUUACUUUGACAUAUUCUGGUGCUUUCCUUUAGUUAUUUGCAUUAAAAUGUAGUUGCUUAUUUAUUUUGGCUCUGUGGGGGUGGGGAGGAGAACAGCAUUUACGGACUGCUAAUCUGCCUUCUUGCUGAAGUCACUCUCUUGCUACAGAUACUUGGUUAGAAACAUUUUCAUUUGUAUUCUAUAAAUAACUAGGAGUAGAAUUGCUGUGUCAUAUGAUAUGUGUAUAUUUACCUGUAUAGGAAACUGCCAAGUUGUUUUCCAAAAUGGCUAUACCAUUUUGAUUUCUCACCAGUAUUUUGUGGGCGCUCCAGUCCUGCAUCUUUUUGAGCACUUGGUUUUGUUACACUUUAAGUUUUUCAAUUUAACAGAUGUGUAGAGGUGUCUCAUUGUGGAUUUAAAUUUCACUGCUGAAAUGACUACUGAUAUUGAGCAUUUUUUCAUAUGUUCAUAGUUCAUAUAUCUUUAGUUAUCUGUCCAAAUUUUUUUUUUUUUUUCCUUGAGAAGGAGUUUCGUUCUUGUUGCCCAGGCUGGAGUGCAAUGGCGAGAUCUCAGCUCACCACAACCUCCGUCUCCCAGGUUCAAGCAGUUCUCCUGCCUCAGCCUCCCAAAUAGCUGGGAUUACAGGCCCCCACCACCACGCCCAGCUAAUUUUUUGUAUUUUUUGUAGAGAUGGGGUUUCAACAUGUUGGCCAGGCUGGUCUUGAACUCCUGACCUCAGGUGAUCCGCCCACCUCAGCCUCCCAAAGUGCUGGGAUUACAGGCGUGAGCCACUGCACCAGACCCUAUCUGUCCAAAUCUUUUGUCCCAUUUUAAAUUGUUAUUUCUUCUUAACAUUGAAUUUUAAGAAUUCACUGUAUCUUUUAAUAUUCUGAAUGCUAGUUAUUUGUCAGAUAUAUGUUUUGCAAACCAUUUAUCUGUAUUUGGUUUCUUUUUGUUAUCUUAGCAGUAUAUCCUGAAGAGUAGUGUUAAAUUUUGAUGUAAUCCAAAAUAUUUCAGUUGUUUGUGUUCUUUGUUAUCCUAUUUUUGCUGUUGUUGUUUUAUAGAUAUGGGGGUCUCACUAUGUUGCCCAGGCUGGUUUUGAUCUCCUGAACUCAAGUGAUCCUCCCACCUCGGCCUCCCAUCCUUGUCUACCUAAUUAGGCUUUGUGUAACAGUGUUGCAAAGCUUUGCCAUCUCUUUGAGUUAAUGUUUAUAUAUGUUGUUACUUAAGGGUUUCACAUUAAAUUUAAACAUACUUAUAUUUUAUAACCAAACAAGUCGUGUUGGGGCAUACUCAUUAGGAUUGAGUGCUUUCUUACACCAGAAUACAUGUAUACAAAGAUUUAAAACACUUUUGGCCGGGCGCGGUAAUCCCAGUACUUUGGGAGGCCAAGGCGGGUGGAUCACAAGGUCAGGAGAUCAAGACCAUCCUGGCUAACACGGUGAAACCCCGUCGCUACUAAAAAAUACAAAAAAUUAGCCAGGCGUGGUGGCAGGCGCCUGUAGUCCCAGCUACUCGGGAGGCUGAGGCAGGAGAAUGGCGUGAACCUGGGAGGCAGAGUUUGCAGUGAGCCGAGAUCACGCCACUGCAAUUCAGCCUGAGCAACAGAGCGAAGACUACGUCUCAAGAAAAAAAAAAAAAAACUUUUAUAAUAACAACUGUAAAUAGUUCAAUUGACAGUCAUUUGUAAGAUGUUUAAGUAAAUUGUGAAACAGUAAGUAAAUGGAAGAAAACACACUGAUUACAACUGCUGCAUUUAUCCACCCAGAUGGAUGAAUUUCCCAGGAAAGAAUACUUGAGUUCAGGCCUGUUCCAGUCCCAACCUGUUUGUGGUUUGAGGUUGCUCUCUGCCUCAUAGAGCAAAGUGGAGAGUUUAUCUUCUGGGAAGACAAAGUUUUCUUCUUCUCUGAAAAAGUUUCCUACAUAGUUGGCUUUGGCAUUUGCGAGGAAUGAAAGGUCUGGGAUUGAGGCCUCAUGAGUCUGGAUUUCUAGCUGAGGUUGAGAGAAAAGGUAGUGAUUGUAACCAGAAAAUCCAGAGUGGGUGUAGUUACCUCCAGAACUCAUCACUUAAAAAAAAAAUUUUUUUUGAACUGACAUGCUUGAGGCUUUUUUUUUUUUUGAGAUGGGGUCUUGCUCUAUCCCCCAGGCUAGAGUGCAGUGGUGCAAUCGUAGCUCACUGUAGCCUUGUCCUCUUGGCCUAAGCAAUCCUCCUGCCUCAGCCUCCCUGGUAGCUGAGACCACAGGCACAUGCCACGGUGGUUGGCUAAUUUUUACAUUUUUUUGUAGAGACAAGGUCUCCCUACGUUCCCCAGCCUAGUCUUGAACUCCUGGGCUCAAGUGAUCCUCCUGCCUCAGCCUUCCAAAGUGUUGGAUUACAGGCGUGAGCCACUGUGCCUGGCCAGAGCUCAUCACUGUUAGCCUGGGUUUUUCACAGCAGUCAUGGAAAUAGAUUCAUUAAUAAUAAUAACAAAUAUAUAGUCUCCCUCUCAAAGAAACCUUGAGUGGCAGUGACAUACCAGAUACACAGUAGGAAAUACUGUAGAAUUAUGUUGUUAUGUUCAUAACCAAACAUACAUGAUGAUAAAAGACAAAAUAAUGGUCACAUGUAUGCAGUAUUAACUGAGGGCAAAUUUCUGCCUGAGAAGCUAUUGGGAAUGUUCUCUCUCUGCAUUACUAGGAAUUACAUGGGAAACACAUGUAGACAGUCUUCAGGCUAUUAAGAUUUGUCCACUUAAUCUUUACUUAUACAUGGAUAAAAAAUGGGAAACAUGAUAAAUGUAAUAAACUAAUACACUCAACCCUGCCCCUUGAUUAUAUAAUAGAACAAAAUCAGCAUGCCCGGCACAAGCCUGCCAGAUUGCCGAUUCCAUCCUCCACUUCAGAGGAUGCCGCCAUCCAGAAUUUUGCCUUACUCAUUUUACUUUCUUCAUAGUUCGGCACCUUAAAUGUAUAUUACUAAUAGUAGCUUUACAUUUUUGGCUGAUUUAAAAAUUGAUAUGAAUGAAAUAAUGCUGUAGAGAUGCUUUUUUGUAUUAAUUGGAUAUACUGUUAUUCUUAAAGAUGUUUGAAAUGAAUAUACCUUUCUAAUUAUCUUUUUAAAAUAAUACAUUAAAUGAUACUGCUUUAGAAUUCAUGAACUGCAUCUCAUGAGAAUAUGUAGAGAUGACAUUGUGGGCACGUAAAGUAAAACUUCAGGUUGAACAUCCUAUGAUAAUUUAAAAACAACAAAAUUGUGUGGUGAAUAAUAGAGCUUGAACACUUUAAGGCACCAUAGGGACCCCUUCAAUGUAAUGAUGACAAUGCUGAGGUGCAGAGAAGUCAGGUAAUUAGCCCAAGCCCCUACUCUAACGGCAGACCCUAUCUACUUUUCCUAAUUUGUCAGAAGACUGCCUAUUAUACUACUUAUAGAAAGUCCUAUGAAAUUGGUAUUGUCAUUAUUUUACAAAUAAGAUAUUCUUCAAUUUUCGUUUCCUCUGUGCAUGGGUUACUUAGUGUUUUGUAAUUUGAAUUUCAAGCAUAUUAAAAAAAAAUCAGGUAUCUAGGCUGGGCAUGGUGGCUCAAGCCUAUAAUCAACAUUUUGGGAGGCUGAGGCAAGAGGAUCACUUGAGGCCAGGAGUUUGAGGUAUCUUUUGUUGAUCUCUACACUGAUUGUAUUCUCUCUUUUAUUCUGUGAAAGUUAAAUAUUUUUUCUGAUACUACAUAUUGUCAGUUUUUUAAAUACUCAGUUUGUGCUAAAAGAAAACAUUGAGCAACUGAUAUCUGCUGUUCUGUAUGUAUCAGUCCAGAUUUGUCCAUUGUGGUGUGUGAGUCUAAUAGAACCUCACCAAUGUUAUACCUGCCUUCUUGAAAUCAUUACUGAGAUAGCUAAUACUAAAAUAUCCUGGUUUGCCUGUAUAUUUAAUUCUUUAUUCUCGUUAUACUAAAUUUUUUUUAAUGUAAUUUGAAUUGAUGGUAAAAAUUGUAUACAGGCCGGGCGCAGUGGCUCACUCCUAUAAUCCCAGCAUUUUGGAAGUCCUAUGCAGGAGGAUUGCCAGCGGCCAGGAAUUUGAGAUCAGCCUGGGCAACACAGUGAAACUCUCAUCUUUAUAAAAAGUAAUAUUAAAAUUUUAAAAAGUGUAUAAACUGUAAAGUUAUUUUACUGGUGUUUUCUUCCUUAUUCCUACUUGUCAGACGCAAAUACACAUUUUUGUGUCUGUGUUUAGUAAUUAUAAGUAUACAUUUUUCAUCUUCUAUUUCAUAUAUUUCUAUGACAUAUCUUAGAUGUGUAAUUUAUGAACUAUUACUGGAUUAUUUUAAUCCAUUAAAAAUUACUAUUCACGCAUUCUGUAUUCAAUUCAUGUGAUAACUAAUAUAUUUGGUUUUAAAUGCAUCUUAUUUUGUGGUUUUCUUCUAGGCUGUUUUUUGUGCUUUCUUUUAAAAAUAUAUAGAUUUUAAUAUUCUUAAUUUUCUUUUAGUUUGAAAUGUAUAUACUCAUUUUAUUCAUUAGUCUAAGAUAAGAAUUGUAACACUUCUCUAACCUGUUAUAGAAUUGUUAAUACCUUUACCCUUCUCUUGAACACAUCAAAGGAUGUCAUUGAGUGUUGGUAUUGGAGUAUAGCAUAUCUAUUAUUCUCCUCAAUUAGAAGAUAUUGUUCAUGUUGUAUAGAGAUAAUAAGUAAUUGUACUGAUCUGCAGAUGCAUCCAUCUCUUGGAUGCUCAUUCCUUCUACCACUGCAGACCUUUCACCUGUAAUCACUUUCCUUUGGCCUUAAGGAUAACUUUUAGGGUUACUUUUCUACUAAAUUUCCAAUUUUUGACCAGAUAUAAUCUUAUUUUGUGCUGUUCCUGAAAAAUACUAUUGUUGUGGAUAGAAAUCUGGGUUGGUAGUUAUUUCUUCAGCAAUUUGACCAUGUCAUUCCACUGUGUCCCUGGCCUCCUGUAUACUGGAUGUGAAUGAAUACAAUUAUAUAUUGUGUUUAUAGUUUUCCUGUGCUAUAGGAACAGUAUUCGAAUCUGAUGUAAAGGACAACACACCCUAGAGAUUGUAACAGUGAGAUGAACCCAGUGAUUGGAUGGGGUUUUGAGUUGCUGGAAUAAUGGAGUUACAGUAUACAAUGCAUAAGCGACAUAAUAAAUUAUAUAUCUGGUGAACAAA